AUGAGGCUCCGAUGGUUUUCCAUGCCGCUGUUCGUCGGCUUCAUGCUGUUCCUGUGCGUCGUCCUGUUGGCCGUCAACUUUUUCGAACUCAACUGGAUCCAGUACGAGCACAACAAGUUCCAUCACGGACAGGAGCCGUACGCCGGGCCGCCGCCGCCGUCUCAAAGGCACGCGGACGCCGCGAAAAGGCCGUCGUACAUCGUACUGGCGAAACGCGUCAACCAUUUCCCUGGUGUAGGUUUUAUAACCAACAAAAUUGAUUUGGCAACAUCGAACAUAAAAUAUGUACCUCCAGCUUUUCGCAUGCCGUUAGAAAAAUCAAARUUUUUCACAUUUAUUUCUAAUCAUUUACGUGCUUUGUUCUUCCGAGAAAAAAAAACAAAUAAAUGUUUACAUUGUGAUUUGGUUUCAUGUGUAAGGCGACGCGAAAUUAUUUUCAACGUUUAUAUUUCAAAACUCGUUUCUAGGUUUUGCCCGRAARCAUAUCAUCCAUUCGAUCCUGACAACAUAGAAAAAUACGUAAUAGAAGAUGACUAUUUACCAACGUGGAAAGUUCCGUCUCUAAAAAAAUAUUACGUUGAUCAAGGCGCUUCGAUGAAAGUUUCCGUUGAAUCUCAUUUGAAAGCUCAAGGAAGAGACGCAACGAUAAUAUGGGACCAACUAGAGGAUGCCAUACGGGUCGUAUGUUUAGAAAAAGAAUCAAUGAUCAGAAAUCUGAUGAAAAAUUACAAGUCGAAAACGAAUUUUUUUGAAAUGGCACGUUUUGAUUUUGUUGUCGACAACGAUCUAAAGGUGUACAUAAUGGAGGUCAACAUGUCGCCAAAUUUGUCGUCGGCUCAUUACCCACAAAAUCGUUUACUUUACGAACAAGUGUUAUUCAAUUUAUUUGCUAUUGUUGGCUUGACCCAUUUCGAACGGUAAUAUUGGAUGUAUUUUUGUUCUGUUAUUUUACUGAUAUUCAUUAAUAACACCAAAAAAUAAUCAGAACAGUGACAUUUUAGAAUUAUGUGUUAUAAGYAUAUACAAUAAUUACAGCCAUCUAUAGAACAAGUUUAGAACCAAACAAAAAUUGUAAAAWUGUCUGUUUUUUGGAGCAAAUAAGUUUAAUAAGGCAUUCAGCAAACACGUUUAAAUACUCAAAUAAAAUAUAAAAUAAAAUAUACUUAAUAAUAUGAUAAAUUAUAUUAUUGAAACACAAUUAAGUGCAUGUUAACAAUGCACCUAUAAUAAAACGAUGUCCUAACUCUUAACUAUUACAAGUCUGUUAUGAUUGGUUAGGUCAGAGGAACUGUUUUAGGAGAUGAACAAGAUUAGUGUGUUUUUCUUUUGUAAAUGCGUAAGCAUACUGUGUACAUUACGUAAUAAAACAUCAAUAAGURGUUGAACAGGUUUAUACCUAUGAAAAAUKUCGAAUUAAUGGAAUGUAGAAUUAUUUUUAAAUUUWAAAUUUUGUGACAGACGUUGAAAUUCUUCAAUUAUCAUUAUGAUUGCAUUCAGAUGUUUAUUAUUAUGAUGGCUAAUUGUUAAUUGUGUAUGGCUUAUCGUUUAUAUUUAAAUAUUUAAUAGGUACCAUAAUGCAUUAUACAGUGCGAUUAACCAUUCGUGCUCGCCCCUUUUUUCUUCAGUAUAAAGCAGUUAUUCAAAAUUUCGAAAAUUCAAAAAUCAAAGUUUGAAUGAAUUAUUCAUUAAAGGAAAAAUGUAUUGAGCAUCCUUGGUGGAUCACCCUGUAGGUAAAUUAUUAUACAUGGACAACUUUUAUAGCGACGAUGUAAUUCGGCAUAAUUACGUCGGUAAAAUUAUUGAUAUUUAGAGGACCAGUACAA